AUGCAGCGAACAAGUACCAGCGAUCUGUACCUUUCUACACAAGCUUGGCAAGAAAAACAAGCUGCGGAAGAACUGAUGUUGAGAAGCAAAAACACAGAAGAAAAAAGCUAUUUUCUGAUCAAGUAUCCCAAAAAUGACUCUGUGAAAUUGGUACGAGAUAUCCCCACGCAACCAUAUUACAAAUCUAAAGCCUCGGGCUUCUUUUGA